UUAGAGGAGACUGGUGUCAUGGCGGAAAGCUAGCAAGCAGCAGACAGCAAUUUAGGACCGAUAUUAAAUAAUUGUAGUCUGCUUUUUAACGUGUGUGCAGUGAAAUACGACUGUAACAGAAUCAAAGAAGAGAAACAAUUCAGCAUAUUGUCUGUGUAUUCAACAGACUAAGAAUGACAACUCCAGACAAGUUGAAAACAUUAUUUGAAGAUCUUGGCAAGCCAACUUUGCGAGGAGUUAGAAAAUGUCCCAAAUGUGGGACAUAUAAUGGCACUAGAGGCAUCAGCUGUAAAAACAAGACUUGUGAUGUGGUAUUUAAAGAAAAGGAGAAAAAGAGAGGGCACAGUGCUGAUGCAGUGAAGAUUAUCACUGGAUCCACUGUUCAAGUGUUUUCAGUUAGACUGAGGGAUCGAGGACCAGACUACAGAGGCUUUGUACAAUUACCUUUGGUACAAGACCUUGAUGGAAAUCCAGCCCAAGUGGUUGAUCCUACAAUUUUGUCACAGAAUGCAAGAUGUUUUGUUGAGAGUUGCUCCCACAGCAAUCCUUUGGGUUCUCAAGAAGAGGCCUGCCCUCAUAUAAAGGCUGCCAUUGAAUGCAACCAGGAAGCUCAUCCCCUGACCCUAAAAAACUCUGUUUUGAACUCUCUACAAGUGUCAAAUGAUACCAAACAAGCCAUUUGGCUUCUGGCCACAGAGACAACUGGCCCUCUUGUACAAAGAGUGACCAAGAAUAUUAUGGUUGUGAAAUGUAAAGCUAGUACAAAGCAACCACUUGGAUUCUUACACUUUUCUUUAUUUGAAACUUCAAGAAAUCGUUCCCAGCCAGAACACAAAUUCCAAUGUAGCUGCAAAGCCUUUAGAAAUGCCAAAGCUGGAGGAAAAGAUGACAUGCUACGGCGGUGUGUCCAUUUAUAUGCUUGUGUGUGUGCAUUUGCCAGUGACGAGAAGCUUGCUGAAGAAUUUGAAUAUUAUAUCAACAUGGAUUCUACAGGAUCUGCCCCAUCCCCUGAGCGUCAGAUUGUGACAAUUUAUCAAGCCCAGGACACAGGACUGGACACUGGUGACCCGACCACGCUGGAGGUGGUGGUGGCGGAGGAGGAUCUUCUGGCACCAGUGAUGAAGAAACAGAAAAAGGAUGAUACAUUAGUCCAAGCAAGUAAUGCUUUGUUGACAUUACAAGAGGGAAACACACCCACACCUCCUAGUCCAAAGAAAGCUAGUCCUACGAAAGCAGUCCAGCUUCAGAAUAAACCUGCCACACCCAACGCUAAAAAGCCAGCAACACUAACUGCUAUUGAAGAGUCUGAGGUGAUGGUGUCAUUUUACCAGUGGCUUGGAAGUGUCACUGAGCGAGUCAACCAAACCAUGCACUAUCAGUUUGAUGGUAACCCAGAUCCCUUGGUGUUUCAUGCUCCACAAGUCUUUUUUGACUGUCUACAGCAAAGAAUUUCUGUUGGUAACAGAAAGAAAAGACUUCCAAACUUUACAACAGGAUUUGUACGAAAGGAUGCACUUCCAUUGGGGACCUUCACCAAAUACACAUGGCAUAUCACCAACAUUGUACAUGUCAAACAGAUCUUUGACACACAAGCGAUGCCCCUAGACAUCACUAGAAACUUUGUGGAGAACCGAGAUGGGACCUAUGAUUUGUAUGAAGUACCCAAGGUAGAAGUGGAGAACAUAGAUGAGGCUUUUAAAGGAAAGAGUCCUAUGCCUAUCAGACCAUUUGAGCUCAAGACCUACCUCAAAGUUGGAAGUUCAACGUCGGACCAAAAGGAGCCAACUCCGUUCAUUAUAGAAUGGAUACCGGAUAUUCUUCCAAAGACCAGGAUAGGGGAACUAAGGAUCAAAUUUGAGUAUGGACAUCAGAGAAAUGGACAGAUUGAACACAGACUAGUUGCCACUCCAUCAGAAAUCCCUGUUCAAACUAUCCAUGUGCAGGAAUUAUGAUGAUAAUUUUGUGAUCUGUUCCUUCAGGCCAGGGCUGGCCAGAGGGUGCUGUUAUUGUACUGUGAGAUUUUUGUGUGUGCAUGUGUAAGCUAGCUACCUAUCAUGUUGUUCAGUAAAUAAUAUCAUUGUUAAGAUAUAUGUGUGAAUGUGACAUCUCUGUGAAGUUUUACUAAGAGUGAAACAGUAUAAAAUUACUUCUUGGCGACCUUUAUUACGGUUACAAAUCGGUUUGUCUACUGCAUUAAUGAAAAAGACACUGGUUUAAUGUACCAUAUUUAUUUUAAAUAAGCCCCCUCCCCUUGUUGGAAGUAUUAAUUAUUGAGGAGUGCUUAUUUGUGAACCACUAUUAGUCAAUCUUUUGAAAUUGAUGAUUCUGCAAAAAUUAAGAAGUUUAUUCAUGGGCAGGAGCAUAUUUGUGGAAUACGGUAAAGAUAGCAUUGUGAAUUGGUAUAUUUCUUUAAAUUAGAAACAUACAUAAACUUUAAGAUCCUCAUCUUGUUUCAUGCUACUUACUAUGUAUUUAGGAGAAAAAACAUCCUUUUAGCUUGAUCAUCCAGAACAAUUAAAUAUUUACCGAGGAAGUGUAUACUUUUGGUAUUUUCUGUAUGGCACAUAAAAUUGUGCCCCUUGAUGACAUAGGUUGAACAUGUUCCUGUGUGUGAAUGUACAUGAUUUGGUUGUGAGACAGUUUGGUUAGUUAUAUUAUUUAAUAAUAAUUGGCAUCCAUACUUGCUUGACAUAAUAUAGUAUAGUCAAUAUUGGAUACCCAGUGAGAUAAGUAUUUUAUCCAAAUAUUAUUUUACCACCUGUGUUGUUUUAGAGUUGUCUACGUAUAAUAAUGUACUCGAGGUCAUUCAGUGAUAUCAGUUAAAUGUUCUGUUCAAAACUUUGUGAAUCUUUAUGGUGCACAAUUUCAAUCUAUUUUUUUCCAUGGAAAAUUGCUUUCCAAGGCAAAAUCUUUUCAUCCAACAUAUUUGUUAUACUACAAAUUUUAUCCAACAUAUUUGUUAUACUACAAAUUUUAUCCAACAUAUUUGUUUUACUACAAAAUUAUGAAAAAAUUCACUUGUGUCGAAAUAAAACAAAAUAUUAGACACAGGUGCUGGACUCGAGGAAUUGUAUAAGCCAGUGUAGAGUCUGCAGGGUCUCAAAUUCCAGAUACAAAUCAAGUGGAUGUAUUGACGAUGCCCCAUUCUCCCGAUAACUACUAUUGACCAUCCUCAAUACUGUAUAAACCCAUAUGGGACAGUUUAAUACCAGGUACUGACUGUAGGCCGGUGGUUUUUCUCUAGGUACUCUGGCUUUCCUCCACCUCCAAAACUGGGCUCGUCCUUUAAUGACCCUGGCUGUUAAUAGGACAUUAUACAAACUUAACCAAUUCCUUGCUGACUUAUCCCACCACAUAUGCAUUGUAAUAGCAAUGACACUCGUUCACCUUAUAAAUUCAUAUCUAGCGUUAUUGGAAGUAGACAUUUCAAUAUCAUUGUACUAUUCUUGUAAGGUUUCGUCAUAAUAGAUUCUGCAAUAACUGAAGAUUGAAAUUGUAGUAGUCUUUAAGUAGAUCUUUAAAUAUUCCAUUUAAUAUUUUAAGAUAUUACACUGGUUAUUUUAUUUUUAGUGAUAUGUUAAAAAGUUUAGGUACUACUUCCACUUUUUGAAUCAUAACAACCCACAAUUUUCAGUGAUAUGUUAAAAAGUACAAUGCUUUCGCUUUUUGAAUGACAAACUUGGCAAAAUAAGUUGAUUAUAAAUGUAGUUUUCAUUUAAAUUGGUACAUUUGUCAAUUAUAUGUGAGUUGUUUGCUUCCUGUACUUGUAUAUGUAAUUGCAGCAUUAUGUAUAGUUAUAAUAUUUAAACCUCAGUAAAAUAACUCCCUUGUAAAAGUUCCUUGCUUUACACACUAAAAUGCUGGAAACACAUGUAAAGAUAACAAGUCACACACAAUUAGCAUGGAAUCUAUCAAAGGGGUUUUAUUUUUUUAUUUAAGGCCCUGGACAUACAUAUCAAGUUCAUAAAUGUGUCAAUAUUAUAUUGGUAUGUGUUUACAAGAACUCAAUUAUAACUCAUAUUUACUAAAACAUUAGCCUAAAACUCUUCAAACAGUUUCUCCUAUAAGACAGGCACAUUUCGACUCAAGAGAGACUGUUUUGAUUGGACGGGGUUAACAGAUGUCCAGUGAGAAUUCAAAAAUGUAUCCAUGGGCAUAAAUUGUGACAAAACAGGUUGCUUUUUAAUCUAAAGUAAAUGUAAAUCUACAUUUUGCAUUGUGAUGAUCAAAUCAUUGGGAACAUACAACAGUGACAACAUGUUUAUUCCUCAUAGUCAUCCAGUUUGACUGGUUACAUAUUAUUUUCUGUCCCUGCUUGAAAUGGGGAGGUUAGGUUGUUUUAGUGGACAAGGGCUAAUUAUAUAUAUAACACACUCACCUUUCACCAAGGCAGUUGACCCUCGGAUUCAUUCCUCAUCAAGAGACAAAUAUGAGUUACAACGGUCUAGAUCUGAUACUUUUACUAUCAAAUUAAUCUGAUAUAAACAAAAAAGAAGUUUAGUGAAGUGCUAUUUUACAAAUAGAAUACCAUGAAAAAAAUACUUUAAAGAAAUAAUUUAUUUAUAUACAUGUAUAUUUUGUUCAAU